AUGGGAGAGGAUGAGUACACGUGGUGGCGGUCGCUCAACCUGCCACUUUUAGGCCUCACACCGCCGCAAGGUCCGGAGUCGCUACACCUAACGGCGUCAACACCGUCGUCGUCUCGCACCGUUACUCCCUCCACCGGCACCUCCGCGCGUCCCCCAUACCCAUGGACCCGCGCCGCUCACGCCUCUCCUGCAGCCACGCCCGGCAGCAGCCCCGUGAGGUCGACCUCGCGUGCGAUGCUUCCCCGCAGUCCGCGCCGAACUGACGACAGCAGGGGCAGCACUAGGUGGCGUGGAUUGGCCCAGCGCAGCCCGUUUGCAUCGCUGCCCCAUCCCUCGGCCAACGCACCCGCUACGAACGCCACUCCUCGUGCCGAGAUGCCUGCCACUCCGUUUGCUGAAGCUCCCGCUGUUCAAGCUCUUCCUCUCCGCGCCGCAAGCAGCAACGCAGGUCCAUCUCAAGCCAGUGGCUGCGCGGCGACUGAUCGCGACGCGUGGAGCCAUGGCGGGAGCCGCCUCGUGACGCCGCAGUCCAAGGCCAAGGAUGAAACGCCAGUGCGACCCCACGAGGCGGCGCGUGACGCGCGCAUACAGGCGGGGGUGGCGCAGCCAAGCACAGUGCCGUGUGCGGUCAAGUCGCCGCUGGCAGGGGAAGCCAUGUGCGCGUUCCGCGCGCUCAGGAGGAAACGCGCAAUGCAAACGGAGCAGGCCGCGGUUACCACGGACACGGGGACGGCGGAGGCGAAGGAGCGCGCACGUGGGGAUGUGACGCCGGGCGCGAAGCGCAAGUUGGACGACGGGUGCGGCAGCGCGGGGUCACGGGAAGUGGUGGAGGGCAGUGCGCGGAAGAUGGAAGUGGCCACCCACCAUGUGCGCACACCACGUGUGACUCACACUCGUUGCUCCCCUUUCCCCGUCUCUCGCCCACCAGGCACCCUCGCCAUGCCCAUGCCCCCUCCCAAGCGCGCAAGGCAUCACGAUCAACCCAACGUGCACUCGCCGUUCCCCCGCGCAAUGGCCUCCGCAUCCGCGCGUGGCCCCACCGCCCCUGCCGUUGCGGCUGCUGGCGCAUCGCAUGGGGGGGCGCCAGUGGCGUGGCAGAGGGAGGAGCACGCGGGGGGGCCGGGAGCGGGGAGCGAGGCAGAGGAUGUGGAGAUGGCGGACGCCAUGGACGACGACGCCACUCCCCCCGCCGCGCAGCCGCACGCCGAGUGGAAGGAGCGUGAGAAUGGGGAUAGUAAGGGCGUGGGCGUGGGCGCAGGGUGGAAGCAGGGCGCAGACGAUUCGUCGGGCGCAGGUGGAGGGGGCGCAGCUGCGACUGGCGCAGUGGUUCCAUGGCGCAGCGAAGCGGCGGGACCGGGGGGGGAGGGGACGGGGAGCGCGGAUGCGAGGUGCGGAGCGGUGAGGGAGGAGGAGGGCGGGGUGUGGCUGAACGGGCGGUGGUACAGCAAGGUGAAGGUGGCGGGCAAGGGCGGCAGCUCCGAGGUGUUCAAAGUGGUGGCGCGCGACGGGCAGGAGUUCGCGCUGAAGCGCAUCCGCGCGGAGGGCGGCGCGAUGGAGGAGUUCAAGCAGGAGAUUUCCAUCCUCACGCGCCUGCGUGGCCACAGGGGCAUCAUCCACCUCUUCGACUCCGCUGUGUGCGAGGGCGAGCAGGCGAUCUACCUGCUGCUGGAGUUCGGCGAGAUCGACCUGGCGAAGAAGCUCGCCAAGCUGCACAGGGAGGCCGACCUCCCGCACGCCGCCCCCACCGUGCUCGCCACCGGUUGCAAGAUAGACGAAACCGUUUUGCGACACUUCUGGCGGGACAUGCUGAGGGCGGUGGAGACGAUUCACGCAGCGCGCAUAGUGCACGCGGACCUGAAGCCCGCCAACUUCCUGAUCAUCGAGGGCGACCUCAAGCUCAUCGACUUCGGCAUCGCCAAGGACAUCCCCAACCACACCGCCCACAUCUCCCGCCAUGGCUGUGCGGGCACGGUGAGCUACAUGUCACCCGAGUCCAUCAUGGGGCAAGACACAGACGCGGACGGCGAGGGCGCCACGAAGCCCACGGUGAAGAUGGGGCGUGCAGCCGACAUCUGGUCGCUGGGCUGCAUCCUCUACCUCAUGGUCUACGGCCGCACACCCUUCCAGCACAUCCCCGGCUGGGGCAAGCUCAAGGCCAUCUGUGACGAGUCGUGUGUCAUUGACUUCCCUCCCCUGGCCAACCCCCACCUGCUGGACACCAUGAAGCGCUGCCUCGACAUCUUAGCACAAGUGGCCAAGGCCGCAGGCUCCAACCCAGCAGCCAUUGGCCUGGCAACACAGGAGAUCCUGAAGCAGUUGGCGUCGGGCAAGGCGGAGGGUCUUGACAUCCAGGAGAUCUUUCGUGCAGCAGGCGCAUUCACCCCUCCUGCCGCCCCACCUGCCCCUCCACCCAAGGCCCCCCCACCACCCCCUCCACCGCCCAAGAAAGCACCUCCUCCGCCCCCACCCCCACCCGGCAAGCCCGGGGGUAAGGCAGCGCCGUUGCUGAUAAAGAAGGGCGUGAAGCCCAAGGCUGGUGGGCCCGCUGGUCCUGCUCCUGGUGACCUGGCCGCCGCUGCUGCUGCCGCUGCCAGACGAAGGGCCGAGGGCGGGGGGGUGCGGAUGAGGCCUCUGCCUGAGAAGAAGGAUGAGGGUGCAGGGAACAUGCCCACUCUGAGGUCAGGGUUGCGCAGGGGUGGUGGGGGGCCGGGGGGGCGUGGGGGGCUGAGCACAGACCAGCUGCAGGCGGCCAUUGAGACAAGUAAGGCGCGGUUGAAACCAGUGAGGAGGAACAACGAUGGCACAGCGGAGAAGAAAGAGGGCAAGGAGGGAGGCGAGAAGAAUAGUGCGGUGCCAUGGGAAGGCAUUCUGAAGAAGGGGCUGGAGGGCAGGAAGAAGGCGAACAAGGACGAUGAUGACACCACUGUGUGGGAGUGA